UUUCCCCUCUCUCUCUCUCUCUCUGCGGUGAAGCUGUGCGCAAAUGCGUGACGGAGCCGUCUGUAAAACACCCCCCAUCAAGAUGUUAAACCCAAAUGUCCGCCGUUGAUGUCUCAGUGUUGCAGACUUUCAGCCAUGGACAAGUGUGUGCUGGUUUCAAUCUACCUGCUGGAUGUUUUGGUGUGUUUGUGUUCCGGUCAGCACCGUUCACACAUACCUGUGGCGCCGUGGAAGCACCGGUUCCAGUGGCAGAAUAACGGCCAGGUGUUCAGUUUGCUGAGCACGGGGACUCAGUAUCACGAACCUGCACAGAUCAGGGAACGACCUCAGCUUUUUUUGACAACCAGACACGGUUUUAACCGACCUUACCCUCCUGUUGGGCUCAGAAGACGCGCGAGACCCAGCCAUGGAGAGCUCCAGGAUGCAGCUGCAGGUCCCUCUAUCCAAAACGAAGUGAAUCCGCUGGAUGUGUCGGUGCUUGGUGUGGAUGCAGGUCAGUAUUUACUUGCUUCUGGAAGACCCGGGGCGCACACCCAGCCCCAAACUCGCCUCGUGUCCACCAGAGAGGAUCCCAGACACCGUGCGCAACAGGCGGUGUCCAACAGCAGCGCCGCAGCUUUCACCUCCAUCCAGGAGUUUUCCGGCAGUGGAGUCCCAAGAGGAGGCCGGAGCACACCUGGAGUUGGCGCACAACAUACCACCACCCCUCCGGGGAGAUCCCCGGACAUUACGCACAGGACUCCCGCAGCUGGAGGGGGCAUCCCGGCUGAGGACGCACUGCAAACCUCUCUUGGAGACGCUCAAAGUGCACAAAGAGCGCACUCACUGACCCGAAACACUCCAAAGUCUAGUGUUCCCCCCACAGCUCUGUCUGGUAACGCAGUGGAGAUUCACUUCCCGAGACAGAGGCCGGAAACCACCAGGACUCCGAGCGUGGGUGGCGCACGAGAUCCGCACAGUAUCCAUCACAGGAACUCCGUGUUCUAUGAUUUUUACCCGGCAGACCGCAGGAACAGGGUCACUGUGCGCCCUCCACCAGGACCGGGGUAUGGCACCAGGUUCUUCCACAACGGUCUCCCAGACUUGGUUCCUGACCCAUAUUACAUCCAAGCGGCCUCUUACAUCCAGAGGGUUCAGAUGUACGCACUGCGCUGCGCUGCAGAGGAAAACUGUCUCUCCAGAUCUGCCUAUCAGCCCAGUGUCAGAGACCUGGACUACAGGGUUCUGCUGCGGUUCCCUCAACGAGUGAAGAACCAGGGAACCGCAGACUUUCUCCCCGUGAAGCCCCAACAUGAGUGGGAGUGGCACAGCUGCCACCAGCAUUACCACAGCAUGGAGGCGUUCAGUAACUACGACCUGCUGGACGUGUCCUCGGGUCAGAAGGUGGCCGAGGGACAUAAAGCCAGUUUCUGUCUGGAGGACACUUCCUGUGACCCAGGGGUGAGGCGGCGCUUCGCCUGCACGUCUCACACUCAGGGUCUCGGUCCAGGCUGCUACGACACGUAUCACGCCAACAUCGACUGCCAGUGGAUCGACAUCACAGACGUACCCCCGGGAAACUACAUCCUGAAGGUGACGGUGAACCCGUCUCAGGCGGUGCAGGAGUCGGACUUCUCCAACAACGAAGUUCUCUGCGACAUCCGAUACACGGGGGGCUACGUUCAGGCCAGGAACUGCAGGAUCACUGUAAGCUGACCUGACUGAAGACCCUCUCCCUAAUAAUGAAUGCCUUUAUUGUGCAGUUACCUUGUUGUUUACCUUCAAAUGUUUUAUAUGUAUGUCCUAUAACGUCGGCUAUAUUCUAACUGAUAUUAUUCUGAAGAAAAUACUUUUUAGUGUUUGUUUUUAAAGCAAUGAAAGACUGUACUUGUAGCUGUUUUUGUUUGGCUGAGUUUGUGCUUAUUUUAAAUUAAACUUUGGUGCUUUUCCUCCCUGA